GGAAAGAAAAAAAUGAAAAGCAAAAAGUAGUGGCCAAAAAUUAACAGAAAACCUUUCGGGAAGCUCGUGCGAUAUUCUGACCGAGAUUGCGCUUAAUAUAUAAACGUGAAAAACACAUAAAUAUCGGCUAAUCGAGAUGGGAAUGAAGAUGCCAAAAUCAAUGCGCUAAUGAGCCGCCCGUUAAAAGGAGAGCAUAAACAGCAAACAAAACAACAACCAAAAACAAAAAGCAAAAAACGCCAACUAAAAGAAACAACGCAAUUGCAAUAACUGUAAACAAAUCUGAUAACACGAAAAACAAAAAUAAAAACACACACACACACACAAAUAAAAAUAAAAACAAAAAAGAUUCCUAAGCAAUGUUGAGAAGACGGCGAUGCAAAAAGCAUUGAGAAAAGUGUAAACUUUAGCAGUAAAUGAUGUUUGGCAACAUGUUGCUAGGCCUUGGCCUCAUCGUCAUGUUGCUAACGACGAUCGCCCCUUCGGCCGAUGGAUACAAGGAAUGCACCAGCAUCGACAUACGCAAUGAAUGCAGCAAAAUGAAACUCCUGGACAACUGUACUGUCGUCACGGGAUUCGUGAUGAUCGCCCUUAUGCCCAGUCAUCCGAAUCAAUGCAACUACUCAGAGUUUACGUUUCCCGAUCUGAUAGAAAUCACCGAAUAUAUGAUCCUUACGGAUGUCCGCGGUAUGGUGAGCAUUGGUAAAAUGUUUCCCCAUCUCACUGUCAUCCGGGGUCGUCGCUUGUUUCUCAACUACGCUCUGGGAGUGACCAGUAUGCCGGAUCUCCAAUUGUUGGAGUUCCCCUCUCUGGUGGCCAUUCAACGGGGACAUGUCUACAUCGGAACCUGCCCCAAGCUCUGUCAACUGGAGCGUGUCAAUUGGGAUCGCCUCACUCUAAGCACGGGUCAGAAUCACAUUAUAGUCGGCGACAAUAAUUGUACGCAGCGCAGCAUCUGCAAGGGCUGUGAUUCCGGAUAUUGUUGGUCAAAUUUCUAUUGUCAGCGUUUUGAGAACGAUAAUGUGGCACAUAUCAAAAAUAAUGCGAACAACUGUCACGAGGAGUGCCUGGGCGGCUGCCAUCAAAACGAGACGGCUUCGAAAUGUCAAGCUUGUCGAGGAAUUAGCGAUGGCGAUGUAUGUGUUCCCAAAUGUCCAGAAGGAAAAUAUUUUCUGGAGCAGUAUCAAAGAUGUUACAAUCGAUCGCAGUGUAUUAACGAUCAUGAACAUUAUAUCUAUGGGUCGGAAUGUGUUGCCUUUUGUCCCAGUGGCUUUCGGGCUAAUAACAAAUCGGAGUGUACGGCCUGCGAUGAGCAAGAUCCUUGCAUAAGUGUUUGCUCACCGGAGCCGGCAAACGAUACGAUCAAUGUAUCCAAUCUAGCCGAUGCCGACGAGCUACGUGGCUGUCAGGUCGUCAAUGGAAGCCUCACCAUAACUAUACGAAAUCAGGUGAAUGAGUCGCAGUUGGCUCACAGUCUGUCCAGCAUACGGGAGAUACGUGGCUACCUCAAGAUCUAUCGAUCUUCGCAGUUGAGUAAUCUUAAAUUUCUGAAUAACUUGGAAGUUAUCAAUGGAAACCCGUUGGAACAUAGCCAUUACUCUCUCAUAGUUUACGACAAUAAGCAAUUGUCCGAGCUUUGGCAUCCAGUCAGGCAGUUGCAGUUAAAAGAAGGCGGCAUGUUCAUACAUCGCAACAAUAAGUUGUGCAACAAGGCGGUUCAGGAUUUUCAACUCUCAGCGAAUCAUGACAAGGCCCUAGAUUCAACGCAGACCAAUGAUCAGGAGGUAUUAUGCAGUCCAGCCAAAUUACAACUAUCCGUGCAAAUUCGGACUCAUCGUACGGUGGAGUUGAUUUGGCAAAAGUCUGAGACUAGUGUGAAAGUCGAGGUGAUAUAUCGGACAGUACCGAAAGGACACCUAUAUCACGAUCACAGUGAAUUAGAAGCGCCUGUAUGCACACGAAUAAAUUGGGAACGUCGUAUACUCUUUCCCGAUAAUCUAAUUGAUUUCAAUGAAACGCAUUACAAAUACAAGCUGGAGGGACUGCAACCGGACACACGGUAUGUGUGCCUGCUGCGCACCUUUGGCGGCGAUGUGAAGCACGAGGCACGCAGUGACUUGACUUAUGUGCUAACAGAACCGGAUAUACCACAGCCGCCAAAAGUGGAGCUGAUACAGAAAACCGAUAGCUCUCUGACGGUGCGUUUGCGGGGUCAUGACCAGAAUCAUGACCAUUAUGUUCUAACAGUGUUCGAAUUGCCCGAUGAUACGGUGUACUUGGAUUCCCGGAACUAUUGUCAUCAUCCGUCAUAUCGGUGGCAAGACAUGCAGGACGGCAACCAAUGGCGGGAAAGUGCGUUCCAAGAUUACGACUACGACGACUGUUGUGCGCACAAAGAGGAAAUGGCCGAUGAUCGUCGCUUUAAAGAUGAAAUGAGGGAUCAAUAUCGCUGCAGUUUGGAUCAAAACCAAAAUUGCCAUGACUUAGAGCCGGAGACAAGUCCAAUGCAGCAAAUUCGUCUCUUGGCCAACACCAGUCAAUACGAGCUGAACCACCUAAACCGCUAUAGCCUCUACUCUCUGGAGUUGCAGGCUUGUAAUGGUUUGGGUUGCAGCAGUCCAACCAUUUUGAAUGACCGCACCAACUACACUAUGGGAGCCGAUAUGCCGACCGAGUUGAGUGCCUGCUAUGUAGGUCAUUCGAAAACCUUGAUAAUGCGCUUCAAGGAGCCACAGCUUCCUAAUGCCAUGAUCGUGUACUAUGUCAUACACUAUCGGAAGAACUUGUCUGACAAGGGGCCUGAAACCCAAAUCAGCUGCCUGACACGGAAGGAGCACGCGUUGGCCAAAUUUGUGCAUGUGGCCAUGCUGAAUAUAACAUUCGACGAAUUUGCCGUGCGUGUCCAUUCCCUGGCCGGAGAGGUGGCUAUAACUCCCUUUAAGCCCAUCACCACAUGCACCAGUGAGGAGCUCAUAACGCCAGCGGGAGAGAUUCAACAGGAUGCACACCUUGCCACAGUUAUGGGCUCAGAGCAUGGGCAUGGAGUAAGCAUAUUUCUGAUCUGCUUUUUCUUUGGAUGCUCUCUAUCCCUACUUUGGGUUAUGUAUAAACGUCGGUGUUGGCGCAAAUUGCCAGGAUUGCGUCGAUAUGUUCCGGUUAGGGAGCAAUGGCUGCGAGAGCGGCAACAAACCGAGGAUCGGGAGAUUCUCGUCGAUGGCUUCGAAACGGUGCGCUUUCAGAACAAUAACAACAGUCACAAUAGCAGUCACAUUGCAGAUGAAUACCAAAUGUGAAUAAAAAGCAAAUAAAACAAAUAUUGGCUUA